AUGUAUUAUAAGUUCAGUGGCUUCACGCAGAAAUUGGCUGGAGCAUGGGCUUCCGACGCCUAUAGCCCUCAGGGAUUAAGGCCUGUUGUUUCCACAGAAGCACCGCCUAUCAUAUUUGCCACACCAACUAAACUGAGCUCCAGUUCUAUUGCAUAUGAUUAUGCUGGGAAAAACACAGUUCCAGAGCUGCAGAAGUUUUUCCAGAAAUCUGACGGUGUGCCUAUCCACCUGAAACGAGGCCGGCCUGACCAAAUGCUGUACCGGACCACCGUGGCGCUGACAGUGGGAGGGACCAUCUACUGCCUGAUCGCCCUCUACAUGGCCUCACGGCCCAGAAACAAAUGA